AGCGGGAACACGGUGUGUUUCACAGGGAGCGGCCGACAGGAAGUGGAGUCGGCGAGCUGCGGUCAGGGCGUGACUUCUGUUCCUGUACAUGUAAUAAAUAUCCUUUAAGUCCGAAUACUAAGAACUCCGUUUCCUUAACAUAUGUCCAUCCGGUUGAUUUCUAAGAGUGAGAUUUAAUAUUGAUCACAGAUACUGUAGCUUUUGUGAGAGCGGAAUUGAAACAGCUGAUCAUCAAUAUUUCGAUUUCAUGUUCUCUGUAAUAUUCUGGGACUGUCAACUGACAUCCAGCUCCCCUCUCCCCUCUCAGGGCAAAACAUUGUUGUUAAUAUUAACUUAAGGGACAUUCAUGGGAUAGUUUAACCAGUUUCACCCAUUACCACUAUGCCGAUGGAUGGGUGGGUGAAGUGCUAAACAGCGUCACAGCUGUUAAAAUCAUGGUAACCGCAGUAUUCAUAGGGGUUGGACACAUUUUGAAUUUCUUAUAAUAAGCAAAUUCAGUUUGUCAUGUACCUUUUUUCAUUGCAGAUAUGUGAGCCAACACCAAAAACAAACUUCUGAAGUGAUAGUACAGUUAAAUAAGCAAACAUUCAGAUAAUUACAAAUCUGUAAGAAAAAAUAAAACACUAAAUUUAUACAUCAUGUCAAAAAAAGUAUGUUUACUAUACAUAUCAUGAGAAAAGACAAGAAUGACUUGCGUGCUAGUCACAGACUGUAUAAGUUCUAGUGCAAAUUCGAAAUUCUGAUUCCUCGUGUAUUCUUCAUAACCAAUCCUAUUCAGUUCCUCUCAUAUCUACUUUCAGUACACACCCUCCGCGCAGGACUGGACCUGUACAUCUGGGCAGGAUAUGUGUGGGGGACCCGCCUCGCAGUGGAAAGAGCAGCUUUUGAUUACUUACAACUAUUAUUCAUCUGACGCUGAUGAAUUUAAAUGAUUGUCGUCGUCAAUUACAAUGAAAUAACAAGUCUCUCUUUUUUACCAGUUUUGGAUCAAACCAACGAGAUGAUCUUCACUUGUGGCCCAAUAGUAUCAGUAGCAAACAAUUCAUUGGCAACCCUAAAGCGAAAGAUGUAUGACUAUAGCGCCCCCUGGUGGCUUUGGCGUCCUUAGCAGCUGCCUGUUUGGCUUAUAUAUUGUAAAAUAUUGUGUUUUCUGACGUGUUGCUGUGUUUACAGAAAUGUUGUCUGUUGACAUAUUUUUUCUAACCUGCUGUGUUUUCUGAUAUGUUGUGCUUUCCAAAAUGCUGUAUGUUGUUUGGUGAAACGUUUUUUUUUUCUGAAAUGCAUUGUUGUCUGUAGGCUGAUGUGUUUUCUGAAAUGCUGACGUGCCUGCACUCCAAGGGCCACCGUACUUAAGAGCUCGUUAACAGUGUAGCAGCCUUUCAGCAGACCAACCCCAAUAUCUCUCCCACAAAGAAAGAGCUAGACCACAAACACACUGUCUGGACAGUGAAUUGGGUGAGGCAGUGAACACACUGCUGGAUAAGCUGCCUGUCUCAGUUAGGAUCCUUACAAGACAGACGCGUUUCUUCAGAUGCAGGUAAGAAAGACUCAAUCUUUAUUAUUGUCAUACAUUCAUUGGUGAUAGUUUAUAGAUAAUGAUGUUACUAAAACAAUAUGCUGCAAUGCAUUUUAUGAACAAACAAACUAAAAUUGAAUCAUCUCUCUCAUAUGACAUCUUCACGUGAGAGUAAAAUACUCAGCUGUGUCACGUUGUGUUUGUUGCAGGCUUCAAAGGAGACCAUGUCAGAGCUGGAGAGUAGCAUGGCCAGCAUCAUUCGAGUGUUCCACAAAUACUCGGGUCACAAGUGCAACCUGAGAAAAACGGAGCUAAAAGCACUCAUCAAUAAUGAGAUGAGUCAUUUCAUAAUGAAAAUCCAUGAGAAUGAGACCCUGGACGAGCUCUUCGCGGACCUCGACCAGAACGGAGACCUGGAGAUCGACUUCAAAGAGUUCAUCACCCUCAUCUCCAUGGUGACCUCGGCAUGCCAUGAGCUCUUCAUCCCAAGUCAACAUGACUGAUAAGCAUGUUCACUAAUAUCUCAUUGAACACGAUGAGGUAGAUAGGAAAAGUGUCUGUAUUCUUUAAGUGGGAGUGAAUGAUUAAUGCCCAUUAAGAUGACGUCUGAGUAGAUUUUGACUUGGAGGCAGGUUGUUGCCACAUUUGUUUUUUCUGUAUAAACGACUUAUUGCAUGGUAAAAUAGAGAAAAGUAGAAAAAUAUAGUGUAUGCAAAUUUAUGCUGCAAUCCAAUACCACAUCUUUAAAAUAUAUUAGUUACAGUCUAAUUAUUCUGCAAUUUUCUUUUUCCAGAUAUUUUAAGUGUGACAGCAACUAUUUUACUAUCCUUUAUCUGUGGCUGCACUGUAGAAGCUACUUAAUGGACGUGGCUGCUGUGUAUAUCUGAGGACUCUGUCACCCAGGUCAUUGUGUUUUCAGGAGUUGUAAGUGUACAUAGUCAACUGGACACGCUCAUGUUUCUCAAAGAUGUCUCACCUCUCAUCCAAGAGGUUUCUUCAGUUCUGAAGGUACUUUGUACACUUUACAACUCCUGACAGUAAUUGUUGUGUAGUAGUCUCAUGCAUUUGUGUUCUUCAGUUAUGAUUGUCAAAUAUAUAAUAAAUAAUAUAAUAAAAGUAAGAAGUUCUAUGGCAUUCAGUCUCUCAAUGUAUU